AGGCAUUGUUUACUGGUACAUACCAGUAGUUUUUGGAUCACUUUCUGAGUUGCUGGGUAUCUCCAGCACUGAAUACAGGAUAGUUAUUAAAUGCCACAUAACAGAUAUGACAGAGGACAGUCUCUAGAGAGAGCCAGGACAGCCUUCUCACUGUGCUCUCUUGCCCAAUACCACUCACACACAGUAAAUCACAAGGCCUCAAAGAUCAGGCAGCAAAUCACCGGGCCUCAGAGUUCAGGCAGCAAAUCACAGGGACUCAAAGUUCAGGCAGCAAGUCAGUAUUCUGUGAGCUGGCUACCUUUGCCCUAGUGAUUUCUGACCUAAUCCAGAAAGAAACUCUGUUUGGACUUGGAAAAACACAAGGUUUAGUACGAUUUAAUGAUGCUUUGCAGCAGUUUUCUAAGUCUGAAACUUUCUGUGCCUGUGGAUCCCAGAAUUUGCUAAGAGAUGGAGGAGUCUCAGCAAAAUGAUCUGAACACGAUGACCCUUGAGAAGGAUGACCCUCUCGAGAGCACCAGCCCUCAGAUUUCUGUUAGUGAAUUUUCUUGCCACUGCUGUUACGACAUCCUGAUUAACCCCACCACCUUGAACUGUGGGCAUAGCUUCUGCCGGCACUGCCUGGCUUUAUGGUGGGCCUCUUCGAAGAAAACAGAGUGUCCAGAAUGCAGAGAAAAAUGGGAAGGUUUCCCCAAAGUCAAUAUUCUCCUCAGGGAUGCUAUUGAAAAAUUAUUUCCUGAUGCCAUUAGAAUGCGAUUUGAAGACAUUCAGCAGAACAAUGACAUAGUCCAGAGUCUCGCAGCCUUUCAGAAAUACGGGAAUGAUCAGAUUCCUUUAGCUCCUAAUACAGGCCGAGUGAAUCAGCAGAGAGGAGGAGGAUUCUUUUCGGGAGUCCUCACAGCUUUAACUGGUGUGGCAGUGGUCCUGCUCGUGUAUCACUGGAGCAGCAGGGAAUCUGAGCAUGACCUCCUGGUCCACAAGGCUGUGGCCAAGUGGACAGCAGAAGAAGUUGUCCUCUGGCUGGAGCAGCUGGGCCCUUGGGCCUCUCUCUACAGGGACAGGUUUUUAUCUGAAAGAGUAAAUGGAAGAUUGCUUUUAACUUUGACAGAGGAAGAAUUUUCAAGGGCGCCAUAUACCAUAGAAAACAGCAGCCACAGAAGAGCCAUCCUCAUGGAAUUAGAGCGCGUCAAAGCCCUAGGCGUGAAACCCCCCCAAAAUCUCUGGGAAUAUAAGGCUGUGAACCCAGGCAGGUCCCUGUUCCUGCUGUAUGCCCUCAAGAGCUCCCCCCGACUCGGUCUGCUGUACCUCUACCUGUUUGACUACACGGACACCUUCCUACCCUUCAUCCACACCAUCUGCCCUCUGCAGGAAGACAGCUCUGGGGAAGACAUCAUCACCAAGCUUCUGGAUCUUAGAGAGCCCACAUGGAAGCAGUGGAGAGAAUUUCUUGUCAAAUACUCCUUCCUUCCUUACCAGCUGAUUGCUGAAUUUGCUUGGGACUGGCUGGAAGUCCAUUAUUGGACAUCACGGUUUCUCAUUGUCAAUGCCAUGUUACUCUCAGUUCUGGAAUUAUUCUCCUUUUGGAGGAUCUGGUCAAGGAGUGAGCUGAAGACUGUGCCUCAGAGGAUGUGGAGCCAUUUUUGGAAAGUCUCAACACAGGGGCUUUUUGUGGCCAUGUUCUGGCCCCUCAUUCCUCAGUUUGUUUGCAACUGUUUAUUUUACUGGGCCCUGUACUUCAACCCAAUUAUUAACAUUGAUCUUGUGGUCAAGGAAGUCCGACGGCUGGAAACCCAAGUGUUGUGAGUGACACUGCUCAGGCUCUGAGGGACUCUUGCAGCCUCCCUGGCGGCUGAGCUUUGAUGCUGAAGUGAAGGGGCAGUGGGGUGAGAAGUGACUUCCUGUUUCCUCUCCCUGGAGAACAAGGUGCUGCCUUCUCUGUCAAAGACUGUAACCAGGUCCUCUCUCCCUCUGCCUGUGCCAUUGUGGCAGCAGGGACUGACGUCCCAGAGCUGGGCCAACACAGCAGUAGCACCUUGCACCUAACCGCCUUGCUCACACGAACUUAAGAGGCCCAGUCCACUACGGCCUGCAAGGACCCAGGGUUCUCAGAAGACGGGUGGGCGCCACCAGAAGGCUGCCGCAUCAGCAGUCCCGCAUGCCCUCACCCCAGUGACGAACAGAAGCUGCCGGGGCAGGCUGGAGUCCUGAGACUGAGCCCGGCCGGGCUUGUUGGCGCCAGGCCUGUCCUCUUAAGUCUAGUGUAGGAAAAUGAGAGAUUUUGUCGUAAGCAUAGACAGUUGCACAUAAAAAAUACAGAGAAAAACCCAAAAUCCAAUAGACAAUUCUUACUGAAAAUGAGUUGCUAGGAAGUUGAAGAGUUAACCCUCUAAAGGAUUUGGUCUGAGACUAGAAUGAUGGUUAGACUGAACCUGUUUCCCACUUCUGGUUUUGGAACGUUUGGACCCCUUUCUCGGGGUCGGGAGGGGUUGAGUGGGAUGUCGGGAUAUUAACGGAGAAUAAUUCACACCAGGCUGAGCUGCCUCAGUGCUACUUAAAAUUGGUUUUUUUUGGGGAGGGGGGGUUGCUUUGUUUGUUUUUAAGAAUUUAAUCUGUAAAAUCCAGGAUAGUUCUUUUGUUCGAUGAAAUAUUUUAUACAUUGACCUCACACUGUAUAAUUUUUAUCUCCUCAUUCUGAUAUAUAAAACAGCAAGUAUCAUUACACCAAAUGCUGUAAUUGUAAAUGUGAAUGAGAUGAACUAUGCCUCUUACUUCCUUCUGGUUUGAAAGCAGCAGGUGUGAAAUGGGACCCAUCUGAAGAUGGGCCCGCAGAGAUAAGCUUGCAUCCAAAGUGUUUUUUGUGACUCCAUGAACCAUUCAUUAUUCCUUUGUAUCUUUGAAGAUUUCACUCAAACUUUGCAUCUGAAAGUUUGAAGAAAUUACUUGAAAUAAAAACAAAGGUCUUUAAUAAAGAUAAAACUUCUAGAGAAAAAUGUUCAGAAAA